AUGCUGAAAUUUCCUAAGCGAGGUUUGCUUAGCCGCCAGUGGAAAGCUGGCUGCACUUCAAUAAGAACGUACACCAAUUCUCUCGACGUAGCAACGGAUUACUCUCAUGCAGUCAUAGGGGGAGGAGUGGUUGGUCUCUCAGUAGCACACGAAUUAAGCAAGAAAUCAGAAAACAAGGUUUUGCUUAUUGAAAAGAAUCCUUCUACAGGGCUUGAAACCUCGAGCCGCAACAGCGAAGUUAUCCAUGCCGGCUUGUACUACCCAGUACAAUCUCUAAAGACGAAAUUAUGCCUCGAAGGAUCGAAUAUAAUUUACAAUGAACUGCUCCCCCUAAAAACGGGCGUCAAUUGGUCAAAAUGCGGUAAGUGGAUUGUGGCACAGACAGACGCUGAUGACGCUUACCUCGAAUCUAUGUAUCUCAAAGCUAAAAACGACCUGGAUCUUCCCGUCGAGAUGAUUCCGGCGAACAAAACCAAGUGGAUCGAGCCUGCAAUUCAUGUGGGCAGAAGCGUACUUAACUCGCCUACGUCAGGUAUCAUAGACUCCCAUUCUUUGAUGCAAUACCUUUUAACGGGGAUGGAUAACAAUGGGGUAGAACUAGCAAUAGGCACCGAGCUCAUUGACAUGGCAUAUGACUAUGGUAGGGGGUACACCUUACUCUGCAAGUCAACCGUCAACAAUUCUGACGAAACUGUCGAAAUUCGCGUUGAAAACGUAAUUAAUGCUGCUGGCCUCCAAGCACAUAAAGUCGCCAACAUGCUGUUACCAAGAAAUAAACAGAAAACGCAGUAUUUUGCCAAGGGAAACUAUUAUACCCUAAGCGGCUCUGCAUCACCUCCGGUACGUCGCUUGAUCUACCCAGUCCCCCCAAAAAGCGGAAAGUCAUUAGGAACACAUCUCACUAUCGAUCUUAUGGGUCAAAUGAGAUUCGGGCCUGAUCUGCAAUACGUCGAAUCACCUUCAGAUUAUGAAGUAAGUUGCUCCAAUUUGAAAGCCGCAUAUGAAGCUAUCUGUAGGUACUACCCGCAUAUUCAGCUCAAUGACUUACAGCCAGCAUACAGUGGAAUCCGGCCCAAACUAGCUGGCCCUGGGGAUAAAAGCUUCAAAGAUUUUUACAUAUCGGAGGAGAAAGGGCUUCCUGGUUUUGUUAACAUGCUCGGUAUCGAGAGCCCUGGGCUUACUGCGGGCCUGGCAAUUGGAAGACAUGUAUGUGGCCUAUACCACGGCUAA